CAAGCUAACAGAGCAUUACUAUUGACCGGCAAAACCGUGAAUGGUUUUGGAACAUUUUAUUUAAAUCUUUCAUAAACUCAUUUUUGUUAAUUAUGUCUGCUACUAAGAAAGCAAAGAAGGCUGUAAAAAGGAAGGCCACCAAAGAAGAAAUCCCUACACAAGAGCCUCCUGCACCUACCAAAAUGAGAAUAGUUGUUACUCCUUGGCGAGACACAUCAGAAUUUACAAAAGUCUAUAACUGGCUAUUCGACAAGACCACCUCCAAUGAGGAAAGUCAUUCCCUGGCUCUUCGACAAAUACGCAUUUGGCAAUAUCGACGUGCCAGUCUCUGUCCAGCAGCUGUUCUAGCCACUUCUGUUCUCAUCGAAGCUCAGAUGGAGGAUAAAAAGGGCAAUAGCCAAAUCCAAAAUGUAUAUGCCAGCGCUUUUACACGCUUUUACAACUUCAUGUCUUCCAUUAUCAAAGGGCAUAGCGCGGCCAGUAUGUAUGAAACAGCGGAGGAAUUGGGCUUGGAUUCAUUUAUUGUAGACCUGAGACAUUUAUGUGCCCAUGGCCAAAUUCUUCCCCCAGUCGAUGUGCUUCGGAAAGCUACAGUCUUUUGCAUUGAAUGGCUACGUGGAUACUAUUGGCUGCCUCACAAAGAAAGCAUGACAAAUUUAAUUGCUGAAAAAUUACCCAGCAAGGAUUUACAAAAGUUUACUCAAACAAUUGAAAAUCUUCUUGAAUUAUAUGAUCUUGCUCUCGAGUGUUAUAUUCUCAAAGCUCAUAAACUGAAAGCCAUCAGUAAAUUGAAGACAAGUGUAGAAUUCAAUAAGUUAAGAGUCUAUAGUUCCAAAAAGAAGGCGAAGUCAACUAUGGAAAUGAUCACCGCUUUGGUCAAUGACAUGGGUAUAAUGCUGAAAAAGGAAUCGACCUCAAAAACAAAUUUCUUUCAAAUAUAUUUGCUCAAAUUGUUGGACAGGAAAGUUUUCCUAACGGCCGGCGUCACAUUCAAGGAGAAUGAGGAACUUGUUAUAGAAGCCACACAGUCAAUAUUUAAAAUGCUGGCUAUUCAGGGGCAUAUCGAUGAUUUACUUGUGGCCCUUAUUACCUUGGCUGAGAAUAAAGACCAGCCCGAGGAGAAACGUACUGGUGCCAGCUAUUGGGCAAUAAAACUAAUUGAUACUCUGAGAAUGCUUAAUGGCAUGAAGAAAAUGUAUCAAGAGGAACUGAAUCUGAAUGAUAAAUUCAAGGACACAGGCUUUUCAUCUCUUAACAAUACAAUAGUUACAAAAACUAUGAAAACUCUAUUAAUACAUUCUGGAAGGGAUCUUUCGGUGACUUUGAUCUUCGGCGAUAGUGCAAAGAAACCACGAACUUGGUCAUUCGAACGUGAAUUUGUAUUGCAACGUGUGGGUCUAGUGAGUGAUUACUCUGUGGAGAUUCUUAAAGGUUUACUGCAUAUAGUCGAGCCGCCUUUUAGUGCUGAACAGUUAAGAGACUUAACUAGUCUUUGUAAUAUACGUUUUCGUUUGCUGUCCGAGAAGGAGACCAAACAGAUGAAAGAGGCUGAAACGCAAUCAAAUUAUAGUCUCGAAGACUUGGAGAAUCUUGUGUCGGACUAUGAAGGCAAUGUCCCUCCCUCAACGGGCAAAACAUAUGGUCUGUUUACCCUAGAUACUAAUCCAAAUUGGUCGAAAUGUGCUUUGGGUGUUUUACCCUAUUAAAAAUAAAAUUGCUUGAAUUUGUCUUAGUUUAAUCACUGUAUAAAUAAUGUAUAAUUAUAAGUAUUUUUUUCUCCUUUUGUAAUAAUCGUUUAUCCAAAAAGA